CCAGUCCCGGGACUCCAGUUAGUAUUCGUUGGGGAGUGGUUCGAGGGGGAUUCGCUGUUCGAGAUGGCAAUCCCUUGUCCGUUGUUAGCACUUUUACUGUGCUUUUGGUCGUUAACUUUGGUGUGUUCAUUUAAUCUUGAGCCAAGGAUUCCUAUCGUGAAAAAAGGUUCUCCAAAAUCACACUUCGGGUAUACUGUAGCCCAGCAUCAGACUAUCUUGGACACAGCAUCAGGAGUACAGUACAACAAAUCAUGGUUACUUGUUGGUGCACCGAAAGACCAGAAUUUGCAACCAGGAACAAAUCGGUCAGGAGCCUUGUGGAACGUGCCGCUCACCACGUACACAACCGACUGUGAGCAGGUCAAGACCGACGGCUUUAAGGAUCCGGAAACAGGGCUCUACAACUUUGAGUAUCUGAAUGAAGCACUUGCAGAACCAGCCGAAGACGAAAUUAAAGAUGAUCAGUGGCUUGGGGUUACCCUUAAGAGCCAAGGUCCAGGAGGUAAAGUAUUGGUGUGUGCCCAUCGUUAUAUGCAUAAAGGACGAGGAUUUCAGUGGGGAUUUGGACUGUGUUAUGUUUUGUCACAAACCUUGGAUUUAGAUUCUUACUUAGAACCAUGUCGAGGAAAACCCGUAAAUGAGGGCCAUCAGCAAUAUGGAUUUUGUCAAGCUGGCACUAGUGGUCUAUUAUUAGAGGACGAAGCUGUAUUAGGUGUACCAGGACCUUACACCUGGCGAGGCACAGUGCACACAUCAAAUAUUUCAGACAAUUUCUUAAUGAAAGAUAAGACUCAGUACUUUGGACCUGUUACAGAAAAUGAUUCUCCUGUUGAUAAAUAUAGUUAUUUAGGGUAUUCAGUUACUGCUGGACGUUUUUUUGGCAAUUAUAUGUCAUAUGUUGGAGGAGCACCAAGAGCAAAUGAGACUGGGCAAGUUGUGUUCUUCUCCCGUGAAAAAAUUGGAGAAAGUCUUCUACGAGUUGAUUUAAUCUUGAAAGGAGAAAUAUUUGCAUCAAGCUAUGGGUUCGAAGUCUUAGGCGUUGACAUAAAUGGUGACAGGCGAGAUGAUCUUGUUGUCGGAGCUCCUUUCUAUUACACACCUAAGUCAAGUGGAGCAGUAUAUGUGUAUAUGAAUAAUGAUGGUGGCUUUAAAGAAAAUCAUCCAUUCACCAGAAUUGAAGGAGCUGCAGGAGAAAGUAGAUUUGGUUUUUCUAUGACUUCACUUGGAGAUUUGAAUCGUGAUGGCUUCAAUGAUGUUGCCAUUGGGGCUCCAUAUGAAGGUCGUGGUGCCAUCUACAUAUAUUUAGGAACACGUGAUGGUCUUUUCAAUGAGCCUUCUCAGGUAAUACAUGCUGAAGAUAUGCCAGGCAUACCUUAUGAUGCAUUUGGAUAUGCGCUUAGUGGUGGAAUGGAUCUGGAUGGGAAUGGGUAUCCAGAUCUUCUGACUUCUUCAUUUUGCAGUGACCGUGUUCUACUUAUCAGAGCUAGGCCUGUUAUUGAUAUUUAUACAGAAGUUCGAUCAAAGAAUCUUGAAAAUAUUGAUCCAACAAAGAAGGGAUGCACAGAGGAUAUAAGUGCACAAGAAACAUGCUUUUCUUUUGACGCUUGUUUUAAAAUGGAUAAUGAUGCAGGAACAAGAACAGGCCUAAAGCUCAAGUACACCAUUGAAGAAAUAUCAGACCGUCCUCUUGCGAGGGUACGCUUUGAUAAUAGCAGAAGUGAUCAGCCUAGUAUUGUAUACAGAGAUAUUAAUCUACGACCAGAAGACAUGGGAGUCUUAGAUUGUCACAGGGAAAUUGUUUACCUCUUGGAUGGCCCAAGGAAUAUACUUCAGCCUCUGAAAUUCAAGCUUUCUUACGAAAUAGUGCAGCGAGAACCACGACCCGUCAAUGAAGGGGAUGCUGUUCCAGACAUUGAUGAUUAUCCUAUCCUAAACCAGCAGGAAGCAUUAAGGUAUUUCGAUGGAACUUUUGCCAAGGAUUGUGGUGAUGACGAUAUAUGUGUCAGUGACCUUGAUGUGAAAGGAAGACUUGAUUUACAGAGACACGAACAGUAUUCUCAUUACAUUUUACGACUUGGUGAGCAAGACACUGUAUCACUUCAUGUUGAAGUGACAAAUACUGGUGAACCUGCUUACCAAUCAAGUCUCUUUGUUACUCAUCAUCCAGCUCUUGCAUUUGAUCUGAAGGAAUCACAGACUGGAUCUCAUCAGUGCUCUUCAGCAUCUAAAACACUAGUGCAGUGUUCAAUUGGAAAUCCUCUUGUAAGCACGUCAGGACCUUUAGUGCUUAGUUUCAAAGAAUCAGGAUAUCCAUUUGACUCAAAGUACAUUGAAUUUGCUGUGGCAGUAAAUUCUUCCUCAAGAGAAGAGAAUGCUCAAGAACCAUUGAAGUUUCAUGUUGAAGUCAUUAAAAAGGCUGAGAUUUCUAUUAUUGGGUUUGUGGCACCAGAGCAAGCAUUCUAUGGAGGAGAAGUUGUAGGAGAAUCAGCAAUUAAGCAUAUGGACCAAGUAGGAAUGGAACUGACUCACAAAUAUGUUAUAGAUAACCGGGGACCUUGGAGAGUAAAUCAAUUGCAGGUGGAAGUAUUAUGGCCACAUCAAGUAGAAAACAACAAAGAGCAAGGAAAAUGGCUUCUUUAUAUGACAGAAGUACCAACUGUUGAUGGUAUUGGUGAAUGUGAAAUUGAUCCAAGUUAUGUAAACCCUUUGAUUUUACGUCGUCAUCCACUCUCAGAAAGUGAAUUUUUCACUGGUCUUGAAGUUGAAGGAGAACAAGAGACAACAGGCUUACCACAUCCAGGUGGUAAAACUUCUGACACAUCACGAACAUCAUCAGAAUCAGAUUUAGAAACAACAACAGGAGGUGUAAAAAUUACAAAGACUACCACACAUAAGAAAGUUACCACUAGUACAACUGUUAAGAAGCAAACAACAAAGUCUUCUACAAAAGAUGUUUCAGUGUCUGCAGACAAAACAUCACAUGGAUCUUCCAGCUCUAGUUCAUCCACAUCAAGGGUUUCCUUUUCUGGUCAUAGUGAAACGGGGCCUGUGGAUGAUGAAGAUGGUAGUGGUUACGGUAUCGAAUCUGGCAGAAUGCAUGGGAGAGCUCAUAGUAGAGUAAGCCGAAGAGUUUAUACUACUGAACAUAGAACUAAGUUUGAUGAUAGAGAUUUGGGACUGAAUGAGUUAGAUACUGACUCAGAUGAUGAAGAUGGCGAUAUUGUUAGUCACCAUGAAGAAUCUCGCUUCUCAACAAGAACUUCCCCAGACGGAAUGACAACUGUGAGAGAAAGUCACCAUGAAAGUAGGAAAGAGACAGUCAAAGAGGGUUCUUUUGGGGAUAUACCUGGUGGGAAAUGGAAUCAGGAUGGCGGGUUUCACCGAGGUCAUGAUGAAAUAUCUGUAGACACAGCCAAUAUUCAUGGAAGAACAGAUCAUAAUGAGGGAGUUUAUACACAUAAGUCAGGUCAAAGAGAAUUCAGUCAUGGUAUUGCUACUGAUGAUAUACAAGAAGGAUCUGGUUCACUUAGUGGCUUUGACAGAGAUAGAUACGGUUGGAGGACAGAGGAUGGAAUUCAUAAGCAAAGAACCACAAUAAGGAAAGAAACUUUUAGAACUCAUUCAGGCACAGAUACACUUGGUAGAGGGGAAACAAGAGCCAGAACUCACCCAGAGGAAGGAGCCUGGGAAGACUUACAUUCAGUGGCCGGAGGUGAUGCUGCUUCCGGAGUUGAUUCAGGUGGUGCACAAGGAGGCUUUAGCUCACUUGAAGGAGACAGAACAGUGGUAAAAACCCAUUCAGGGGAUACUUCUAUAGUUAGAAAUGAAACAGAAAAACAUGCUCAUUUUGGAAGCAGAUCAAGAGGUUACAGCACAUAUGGUAGAGAAGGGAUGACUAGGGAAGAUUAUCCAGAAGUAUCAAGGACAUAUCCAGGAGGCAUUGCUGGUGAAGAGCAUUCAAGAGCAGGAUUUACUACACGUAGGAUAGAAAGUGAGCAUAGGGGUGAAACCUUCAGAACACAUGGUGGAGAAGACCAGUACAGAACUUACGAGGGUUCAGGAACAAGUAGAGAUUACAGUAGAAGUGGUGUCUCAGUAGGUGGGCAUAGAAGCCAUUCAGGGGUGACUAGGGAAGAUUAUCCAGAAGUAUCAAGGACAUAUCCAGGAGGCAUCACUGGUGAAGAGCAUUCAGGAGCAGGAUUUACCACACACAGGAUAAAAAGUGAACAUAGGGGUGAAACCAUCAGAACACACGAUGGGGAAGACCAAUACAGAACAUACGAAGGUUCAGGAACAAGUAGAGAUUACAGUAGAAGUGGUGUCUCACUAGGUGGGCAUAGAAGUCAUUCAGGUGGGGAAGGAUCUUCAGGGACUCAUGAUUUUAGAAGAGUAAAUUCAUAUGCCAGUGGAGGAACAACUACAAGUAGGGAAGGACAAGUUGAUGAAUAUGGGAGAAGCUCAUCGGGUGGAUUUGCUGAUGGAACUGGAACUAGACGUUUUGACUGGAAUGACAGAACACUGGAUGGGCCUCAUACAGAUGGCUAUGGAAGAGAUGAUGAUAGAUUCAGUCAAGAGGGUACACUUAAGUAUAGUCAAACUCAUGAGGCUUCAAGACGUACUAAAAGUCAUAGAGUAGGAACUGAUAGACAUCAUUCCAGUACCUAUUGGAGGUCAAAUGGAGAUGAAGAUGGUAGUAGAAAAGACUCAACAGUGACAAGUCAUACAAACUUGAGAACAACUGAACUGGAUUUGAAUACAGAUAGAGGAGAGCAUAACCAAGGUCAAGGGGCUGGACACCUUUCAUCCCCUCAUAGAAGUAAUAAUUCCUUUGGACACAGAUCUGGUGGUUUUGGCUUGCCAACAAGUGAUUUUGAUAACAUGCAACCAGAUGAAAAUGGUACAUACACCCGUGUAGAGGUAGAUCCUGUAACUGGAACUACUACUGUUUACACAAAAAAAGUUUAUAAAAGCAGCUGGCAAGAUAGUUGGGACCGCAGACCAUACGUUGAAAGAUCUAGUUUAACUCCUGAUCCUGGAAAUCAGUUUACCAGAAGUCGUAGAGAACUGACUCGUGUUAAACGGGAAAAAGAACUAAUAAUAAAACCACAGGCCGUUACUGAUGAACAGACAGGAAAAACAAUGCAAGUUGUAAAUUUGAGAUGUGAUGGUGACAUUCCGACAGCAAAAUGCUUUACCUUUAGAUGCAACAUACGUAACUUAGGAGCAAGACAAGCAGCAAGUAUACGUAUCAAAUCCAGGUUAUGGAAUUCAACUUUAGUAGAAGAUUAUCCUAGGGUAAGUUAUGUUAGCAUAAAGUCAAAGGCUUCUCUGAUUCUGCCGGAAGAUAUCCGUAACGAUCAGGACCGUUCAGAUGAUGUAGCAUCUGCAGAAACUUUGGCUUACCCAGAUUUACUGGACCAGCUUCCACCAGAGGAAGUACCACUAUGGGUUAUAUUAGUGUCAAUUUUUGCUGGACUCUUAGUACUGAUAAUCAUUGUGUUAAUAUUGUGGAAAUUAGGCUUUUUCGAAAGAAAGAGACCAGAUCCAACUCUUUCUGGCAAUUUAGAUAAAGAUGCUAAUGGUUAUUGAUACAUAUGUUAGGUUAUGUAUUGUCUUGAACAGUGCCAAUUUUUUAUAAUACGCUCUUUUUAUGAUGAAUUUUUGUGAUAAGUCACAUUGUUAAAAUUGGUGCAUAGAUUUUUUUCUAUAGGGAUGUUAAUUACUUGUUCAUAUUAUAAAAUACACAGUGUAAUUAAGAACAUUUUAGGACACCAAAAGUAAAACUGUAUUUAAUUUUCGUGACCUUUAGAGCUCCAUUAAAAACUAUACAUAUUAAUAUAUAUAUAGAAGCAAAAUAUUUUCAAUUUGAAUUAAGUGUAUAUGUAGUAUACAUAAUUACUUUUCUAUCUACUUUACUUUUCAUAUUGUUUCUGCAUCAUGUCUGUGAUGUUCUAUGUGCCUUCAAUGCUGACAGUCAGAGACACUUUUUGUGACUCUUCAAGAAAAUCCAAGUAGGUUUAUAUAAUCAGAAGAGUUAUGUCUACUGAUUACCAUAACAUAUCUGUGUUAGUACACUCAAAAUGAGAAAAACUUGGUAUUACUAAUAAAAGUCACUGCAUUCAGGAUGUUACCAUUAUGGAAAUGGUUAAAGUAAGUUGCCAUAUAGCAGAAACAAACCUAUCUUAACUCCUUUGUCAGAAAUGUGUGGUCACUGUGAUAUUUAAAGGUACUGAUUAAUAAAAUGUAAGCUUGUGUUAGUUCUAAGACAUGUUGAAAGACUCAUGUUUUUUAAGGAUUCCUCAUGCAUAGCCGAUAUUCUAGUUUCAGUCUGAUUAGUACUGAAUUUAACAGCUAGCAGUGUAUUUUCAUAUUGAGUAAAAAAUUUUAUUGCUAUAUAAAAUAUAGUAAUUUUCUCAAGCAUAUUGAACAUUGAAAAUAUUUUUGAUGUUUUGAUACAAGUUUAAGUGUAGUUCACCCCUUUGUCAUAUGAUACCCUUUUUCUUUUUCAUAUGUAUUUUGGUGAUGUUCACACAUGGAAUUACAUUAGAAAGGGGACACAAGUCAGCAUACAAUGUUGUAUUUCUGCAGUAGUUGAACUAUUGAUAAGGACUGUGAAAGGUAAAAAAUUAUAAUUAAUGUGCCCACAAACACAACUAAAUGUUAUGAAAAAUCAAAGGGUAUUUUCCAGUCCCUAAUGAGUUGCACUCAUGGCUUGAUGAUAAAGUUCAAGAGAGAAGGUCUCAAGAGGAGGAAGGGAACUUCAGUCCCCUGGAUUCUGGCAGCAUAUUUUUCGUUACAAUCUAUUUAUAGGAUAUAUUAUUUUAUGAAAUUGAAGCACCACUGGUUCUGUGGACAACUUGUGAUUGUAAUCAAUAGUAUUGUAAUUAUAGUUAUAUAAAUGAUUGGAGAGUUGUCUUAGAAACCAGUGGUUUACUUUAUAAAUAUGACAGAAUCAUUAAGUGUUAAGAAUUUGUGCCUUCAAAUUCCCACUACAGUGACUUUUAAAAGGUGCACCCAAGUUUAUAGAAGUCACACAAAGGAUUUCAUUGAUUAGAAUAUUGAGGCAAGUCGUAGCAAUUCGGUUUUUUAUUGAUGAAGUGCCAUUGUACGUACGUUUGUGAGAUGACAGUGGAAUGUGUGGAUACUUUUUUAUGGAUUUAAGCUACUGAUAAACAUUUCAUGGUUGUAGGCUUUAUUAGAUGUCCUGUUUUGUACAUAUGUGUAGAUAUUUAGUGAAAAAAGGCAUGUUAUGUGAAAAAUAUAUAUUAAUUACAUAAUUUAUAAAUCAUCAUGAUACAUUAUAAGGUGUGUUGUAAUUAAUGAUUCUCAUACCCACAUACAUUAUUCAUUAGGAUCUCAAAAGUAUGAAAGUGAAGAUGUAUAUGAAUUUUUAUUUACUCCCAGGUAAUUACUGUACUAGGAGCCAAACAUUGUACUUAUAAAAGUUAAAAAAAGAUAAACGAAUUUACUCAUAGAAAGUAAGUUUUGAUGCAUUUGUUUUUUUUUGUUAUGUGAUGAGUGAUAUAAAAUAAAAAAUACCUAACAAUGAGAA